AUGGGUAGCUACGUAAACUUUGAGGAGAGCCUGACAGGGCAAGGUGGCCGUGGAGUGGCAUUCUAUAGCUAUGUCGCCCUUCAAGAUGUCUUCGGCGGCCCAUCGCUGCAUACUUUUCCUCACGCGAAGCACAACAAUUCUACCUUGGCCACGACAGACUUCUUCGAUGCUGCCAGAGUCAUGCAGUUUACGAAUCUCGUUCGCGCUGGUAUCGCAGUCUUCCUGUGGUGUCUCGUCGUCGCUCGCCCACUGAUACGCCGCCGCCCGUCGUGGUGUAGUGCCUUUGCCCAAGAAUCCAAAUAUUCCGAAGCUGCCCAAAUUCCUCGGAAGAAACUAUGGACGUUCUGGACCGUCUAUCUCUUCACAGCUGCUGUCGGAGGCUUGCUCCAAGCCGUUGUAGCCGCUGUAUCUCCCCCACGAAGCCUCUUCAUCAUCUCAGACCUCAUUCCUUGGCUUGGUGCCGUGUUGAUUACUGCGAUUGACCGGCCUUCAAAGACGCCAAAGACGCUCCUCUGUCUCUAUGUCACCAUCUUUGUCUGUGGUAUCAUUUCGACCGCCUUCAGCUACAAGCUCUACGGAACAAUCUCCGCCUUUACAUUGGCAGACCCUAUUCUUAGUCUUGCGGCGCUCAUUGGCAUUGUUGCGAUGCCUAUGCGAGACCCCCGACUUGGCGACUCUGGCAUUGCCCACUCUGACCCGACCUAUGAGCUCCGCAGCCCCGAGGACAACCUUACUCUCUGGCAAUUCAUGACGGUGUCGUGGAUGGGCUCGUUGAUCGCUAGGGGUUCUGAGAAGCAGCUCCACGACGAGGACGUCUGGCAGUUGCCUUUUGAUUUUCAGCACGACCGACUUCAUACGCUAUUCCGCGAUCUCCGUGGCUCAAUGAUGACCAAACUUAUCUCAGCCAAUGGUUUGGAUCUCAUUAUCCAGUCUUUCCUCGGAAUCGUUGAGACUGCCGCAAACUUGUCUAUCCCGCUUUUACUGAAGCAGCUUCUCCAGUCGAUCCAAGUCGGCUCCCGCAAUAUUGAGGUUUCCAUUCUCUACGCACUUGCUAUUCUCGCAGUCCGUCUCGUGGCUUGCCAGUCCGCCGUCUUCCAAUUGUGGUUCUCCAGACGUUGCUAUGAGCGAUCUCGGGGUGAGAUGAUCACUACCAUCUACGCCAAAACCUUGUCUAGAAAGUUCUUUGGUCAGCCUGCCGCCGAGAAGAUGAUUUCUGGCGAAGAAACUCGUGAAAGCGAAGAUAGCGACUCUGCCGAGAGUGAUGCCACCGAAGAAAACGAGACCACGAGCAGGUUCAGCAAGAUCCUUGCUUGGUUUCGACCACAGAAAAAGAGUGCCCCAAAGUACCAGAAGCUUCAGGAACACAAGCAGCCUGCCACCACAGGAAAAAUUCUCAAUCUUAUGAGGAACGAUGUCUACGAGGUUGCUCAAAGAUUUUGGGAAUUUCCGUCUCUUGUAACGAAGCCGCUUCAGUUCAUCUUUUCAUUCGUUCUCGUCUGGCAGCUCCUCGGAUGGCCGUGUGUGCUAGGAAUGGCUUGUGUCAUAGUUGCUCAGGUGCUGAACACGAUCUUCAUCGCUCAGCUUCUCAAGAAGGAGCGUGUCCGCAGAGCUGCCACGGACGCAAGAUUACAGUCCACAUCUCAAUUUGUCGAAGGAAUUAGACAUCUCCGGUGGUACGACUGGCAAUCCAAGUGGCUUGACACCAUCAUGGUUACUAGACAGCACGAGCUCAACACUAGAAUCGUGACGGGGCUUUGGAGAAUUGCUAUCUCUACACUAAACAUUGCCUCUGGAACUCUGUUUCCCGUCGCUACAUUCUUCGCUUACACGUUCCUCGCUGGCAAGACCCUUACCGUCGAUGUGGCAUUCCCAGCGCUUCAAUUAUUCGCCAUGCUGGAGACAAGUUUUAAGGAGCUACCAAAUCUGAUCACCGUUGUGCUAAACGCCUCGAUUGCGCUGGGUCGUAUCGAAGAGUUUAUGGGUGAGCCUGAUAAGGAUGGUGUGUAUGCUGACCACCUUACGAAUGACAUCAAGUUCAGCAAGGCUACCUUCGCGUGGCCUGGGUACGAGCGUCCAGUGUUGAAAAAUCUCGAUCUUAGUUUUCCCCAGGGGCUCACUGUAGUGUUUGGCAAGGUUGGCUCUGGCAAGUCAGCGCUAUUGCAGUCAAUCCUUGGAGAGCUGGACCGUCAAAUGGGCGACGUUAUUAUCCCAACAGAACCGAUUGGUUAUUGUGCACAAACUCCUUGGCUCCAGCACAUGAACAUUCGCGAUAAUAUUCUGUUCUCGGCACCCUUCGACGCGACAAGGUACACUCAAGUGCUUGAUGCCUGCGCCUUGCUUCCAGAUUUAGCCAACUUCAAGCACGGCGACUUGUCUGAUAUGGGCGAAAACGGUAUCGGUUUAUCGGGUGGUCAGAGAGCGCGUGUCGCCCUAGCACGAGCUGUUUAUAGCCAGUCUCGUGUGUUGCUGCUCGAUGACCCCCUCGCAGCUCUUGACCACAAUACUGCCGAGUUCAUAGUGAAGAAGCUUUUCCAAGGCCCGCUUGUCGAAGGUCGUACCGUGGUUCUAGUCACCCACCGAAUCGACCUGUGUAUCCAUCUAGCGGAUCAGAUGGUUGAGAUUACAGACGGCACCGCUCGAGUCUUGAACUCCGAGGAGGCCUCUGCGGAGAUUGCUAAAUUUCUUCAGGAGGACGAUGAUCAAGCAGUGCAACAGGACGAACAGGAGCACACUAUCGACGAAGGACAACAGAAUGCUGCUAUCCCAUCCAAGUUCAUUGAAGACGAACACCGUGCCCACGGUGGCGUGAUGCUAUCUGUUUAUUGGACUUACAUUCAAGCUGGCAAGCUUAAGUGGUGGGCCGCGCUGGUUGUUGUUUUCGGCUUGUUUAGGCUGGGUAGCCUUCUCAACUACUGGUUCCUCAAGGCCUGGGGCGAAUCUUACAAGGAAACGACGGCCACGAAGGAUGCUUCAUCCGGUGUUGACUUUUCUCAUCUUUUUGACGGCCUACCAAAUCCCGAUGCAGACUUGCGCCCUUGGCUGCUCCUCUAUCUCGGAAUCGCACUCUUCCAAGCCCUCAUCUUCACCUUAUCGGAAGGUCUUGCCUUGCUCAUGAUUUACAAGGCCGCCAAGAACCUCUUCCGCAGGGUGAUUGAGAAAGUCAGCCGAGCAACCUUCCGGUUUUACGAUGUUACUCCCGUUGGACGCCUGAUGAACCGCCUCGUUUCUGACAUUGGAAUGAUUGACGGAGGCAUCAUGUCUCCCUUGCAGCAAGUGGCCUGGUGGUCUCUUGCUUGGUUCUCGAGCAUGGUGGUCAUCGCCUCAGUCACGCCGGUCUUCCUUGUAUUUUCCAUCGGCAUGACUGUUUGGUUUGUCUACAUCUUUAUGCGCUUCUUGCCCACUUCACAAAGCCUUCGAAGGCUGGAGAUGGUCUCUUUGAGUCCGCUGAUGUCCAACUUUGGCAUACUUCUUGACGGACUCGCCACUAUUCGAGCAUUCAAAGCGCAACAUCACUUCCAGAACAUGAACAUUGUGGUGACAGACGCGUUUCAAAAGAUGGACCACUUCUAUUGGAGCCUGCAGGCGUGGCUCAUGUACAGAUUUGAUGCCCUGUCAGCCGUCUCUACGUUUGCUCUCACUCUACUUGCCCUCUACAAGGGCCUCUCGCCAGGGUUGACUGCGUUCGUUUUGACUACGGCAUCCUCUUUCGUUGAGGCGACGCACAACCUCUGCAAACAGUACGGCACCCUGCAAAUGGACUUUGUCUCGGUCGAGCGUGUGAUCGAGCUCCUCCAUAUUCCUGAAGAGCCUUGCGGAGAAAUCAAGCCGCCUGCUAACUGGCCUCAUCACGUGGACGACGUUACCUUCGAUAACGUAACAUUGAAGUAUGCACCCCAUUUGGAUCCCUCGCUGUCAAACGCCUCUUUUACUAUUCCCGGUGGAUCCACCUGCGCGGUCCUGGGCAGAACGGGGUCUGGUAAGUCCACCCUAGCCCUAGCGCUCCUUGCGACGAUCCAUCCGUCAGAGGGAUCCAUUCGCAUCGGGGAGUUCAAGCUGUCUGAUGUAGACGUUCAUGUCUGGCGGCAACGAGUAAGCUUCGUCGCUCAAGAUCCGGUUCUUUUCCCUGGAACUCUGCGAGACAACCUGGAUCCGUUGCGCCAGUUUAUGGAUGUCGAGUGUGUUGGAGUCUUGCAUCGUGUCUUGGGCCCGGACUGGGACUUGUACAUGCACAUUGAAGGUGGCGGCAAGAAUCUGAGCCAAGGUCAACGCCAGCUUAUAGGUAUCGGCCGGGCUGUUCUCAGAAGGAGCCCAAUUGUGGUCUUGGAUGAGGCCACUGCGUCUAUUGACAAGGAGACAGCAGCCAGAGUUCAGGAGGUGCUAAGAAACGAGUUGACCACCAGCACCGUCAUCACCAUCGCUCAUCGGCUUGAGGCUGUCCAGGAUGCCAACUAUUUCAUUCGUCUAGAUAAGGGGAAGGUUGUUGAGCAUGGGCCUACACAAGGCUUGCAACAGUAG